UUUAAUAGUUAAUCUGCGCAUGAGUAAGAGCGGGAAGAAAGGCAAGGGAACUGACAGAACGAAAGGGUUGAAAGGGACUACACAGCCCUGUUUGAAAAGAAGAAAAUUGACUUACAUUAACAAUGACAGCAGUAGAAGUACUUUAAUAUUGUUCAAAGAGUUGAAAGUGGCAUGCAGGAAAAUGUUACACUGUUCUAAUUAUAACAUUCGUUUGUUUUCACUGUUGAACUUCAUGUGACCAUAUUUUUUAUUUACACGUGGUUAAUGAAAUUUUACAAGUGCGAUGAAUUUGCAUGUUUAGUUAGUUUUUUAACAAACACCUUAUAUCAGUACAAUGGAGUCCUGGGACGACGAAAUUGUUAUCCCACCAAGUAAUGGCCGUACUCAAGGAGGUUUUGGGCGUGGUGGGUUUGGAAGAGGAUCCACCUCACCAGGGUCAACAUCAGCUCCUAUACCUGGAUUUGGUCGUGGAGUUCUUCGUGAAGGCUUUUCUACACAAGCACAAGUGAAUGGGUUUUCUGAUGCAACAGAAGGAGUAAAGGAAAUGAGCAUAUCUAAACCUCCUGCCUUUGGAGGAAAGCCUGGUGGCUUUGGUUCUCAAAAUGGUGACACCAAAAGUGGAUUUGGUGGUGGGGGAUUUGGAGGAAAAAGAGGUGGAGGAGAUGGUGGAUUCGGCAGCAAAGGGGGGUUUGGAGGAGGUGGUACUGAUGGAGGAUCCAAAUCUGGUUUUGGAGGAGGAUUUGGAGGUGGAGACAAGCCACCAAGGGGUGGUGGUUUUGGAGGAUCAGGUGGUGGAAAUUGCUUCAAAUGUAAUGAAAGUGGGCAUAUGGCAAGAGAAUGUCCUAAUGCUGAACAAGGUGGAGGAGGAGGAGGGAGAAGUGGGAACUGCUUCAAAUGUAAUGAAAGUGGGCAUAUGGCAAGAGAUUGUCCUAAUGCUGAACAAGGUGGUGGAGGAGGGAGAAGUGGGAACUGCUUCAAAUGUAAUGAAAGUGGUCACAUGGCAAGAGAUUGUCCCAACUCUGAUAGUAAAGGAAAUGCAUGCUUCAAGUGUAAUGAAGAAGGACACAUGGCCAGAGAUUGUCCUAAUGCCGAAUCUAAAGGUCUUUCAUUAGACAAGGACCGUCCACCACCUUAUAUCCCACCUGCACCAUCUGAAGAUGAAGCUGAAAUUUUCAAAACCAUACACAAAGGCAUAAACUUUGACAAAUAUGAAAAAAUCCCAGUUGAGGUCACGGGAAAAAAUUGUCCCGAAAAGAUCUCAUCAUUUGAUGAUGCUGGAUUGUAUGAAGCCUUUCUUAAAAAUGUGAAAAAGUCAAACUAUGACAGACCAACACCUGUACAGAAAUAUUCUAUUCCAAUAGUAAUGUCUGGAAGAGAUCUGAUGGCAUGUGCACAAACAGGAUCUGGAAAAACUGCUGCUUUCUUGCUACCAGUUUUAACUGGAAUGAUGAACAAUGGACUGACUGGUAGUUCAUUCUCAGUAGUUCAAGAACCACAGGCUUUAGUUGUAGCUCCAACAAGAGAAUUGGCAGUACAGAUCUUUACAGAUGCCAAAAGAUUUACCCAUGGAACAAUGCUAAGACCUGUAGUAUUAUAUGGAGGAACCUCUCUUGGGCAUCAACUGAGGAAUGUAGAACAGGGUGCACAUAUAGUAGUUGGUACACCUGGUAGAUUAAUUGAUGUGAUUGGUAAAGGAAAGAUCAGUUUAGAAAAGCUUAAAUAUCUCAUUUUGGAUGAAGCAGAUAGAAUGUUGGACAUGGGAUUUGGACCAGAAAUCAAAAAAAUAGUACAUGAAUUGGGAGCACCUCCCAAAGAUCAGAGACAAACUCUUAUGUUCAGUGCAACUUUCCCAGAAGAAAUCCAGAGACUAGCCGCUGAAUUUUUAAAUGACUAUUUGUUUUUGACUGUUGGAAGAGUUGGUGGAGCUUGUACUGAUGUAGCACAGUAUGUGCAUGAAGUUCCCCGUGAUCAGAAACGUCAAAAAUUGUGUGAUAUCUUGUCUGAAUCUGGUACAGACAAAACACUUGUUUUUGUUGAACAGAAAAGAAAUGCAGACUUCCUUGCUACUUACUUGUCUCAGUCUGGAUUUCCAACAACAAGUAUACAUGGUGAUCGUUUGCAGCAGGAAAGGGAGGAAGCUUUGAGGGAUUUUAAAACUGGCAGAGCACCCAUUCUUGUAGCUACGUCAGUGGCAGCUAGAGGGUUAGACAUUCCUCUUGUUAAACAUGUCAUAAACUAUGACCUUCCACAAUCUAUAGACGAAUAUGUACAUAGAAUAGGUAGAACAGGUAGAUGUGGUAAUGUUGGUAAAUCUACUAGUUUCUAUACAGAUGAUUCAGAUGGUGGAAUAGCUAAAGCUUUGUUACGGAUCUUAGCAGAUGCACAACAAGAAGUCCCAAUAUGGUUGGAGGAGUAUGCCAAAUCUAGUCAGUCUACUGCUGGCUUCUCUAACUAUGGAGGCAAAUUUGGUGGAAAGGACAUCAGAAAAGACCAGCCAAGGACAAGAGACAACCACACAGGAGAUUCCAGUUCUUUUGGUGGAGGUGGAUAUAACGGAGGUUUCAGUGGAGCACCUGCCAACUCUGGAGGAGGUGAUGAUGAGGAAUCCUGGGAUUAAUCGCAUAUUUCUGGCAUUGUUAUUCCAAGGGUUGUAAAUAGUUUUUUGACGAUGAGAUACUAUAAAGAACAUUAACAUGUUCUUUUUAAUCAUUUUACUCCAUUCAUAUUUGAAUGAAUGCUGUAACCUGCAAGGAAGCAGGAGUUGAGUUAUAGAAGAGCAGUAUGCCAUUUAUGUAUCAGCACAUUGACUUUAAAAAAUCUACAAAAAAAUUAUGAUUAUCAGAAAUAACCUAGAUACUCUCAACUUUAAUGUUUUGCUAGGACCUUACAGUGGUUGCAACUACCAGAACAGACUGAUCUAGGAAUUUGCCACAACUGUUCAUUAACACUAUGUCAUCAAUUUAAAAAAUUAAUACCAUGACUCAGCAGUGGGAAUCCACUCUUUCAAUGUACGAUAAUCAAAGUCAGUUGUCACACAGAGUUAGAUGUUGGAAUAAGAUCACAAGGAACAAUGUUUAAGACUAGAAUUGAAGAACUUAUAAAGAAGAUUGAGUUUAAUCAGGCCAUGUCUUGCCUCAGCCUUAAACCAUGAGGCCAUAAUAUCGGAAGACUUCCUAGACUAGUAGUAUAACCAAGUGAACCAACAGCUGAAUCUGUUCAGUUCAGUAAUCACUAUGAGUCAGCUGUUACAAGAUCACAAAUAAUAGUGUUGAAACUAGAAUUGUAGAAAUGUUGAACUGUGAGAAGGUUCAUCAUUGAUUGGAAAGCGGGCAUUAUUUUUUUAAGUUGAAAGAUCCCUAUCAGACUAAACCAAUUUUCAUUUUAUGUUUUAUUUUUAAUUUCAUCUUAAUGAGAAUUGAUUUGAUAAUGCGUUUUUUAUUAUUAUUGUUUUAUAGUAGUGCUACCUAAAAUCAUGUGCUUAAUCAAAUCCAGGUCUAUUUGUUUACAUAAAAGUUGUGUGUUUUUUUUCUUUGACUAUAAGAUGUAUGCCAAUAAGUCUUUCUUUAAUCGUGAUGAACUCUAGUCUAUAUGAAGUAAUGUUUUUAAGUCUGUGUGGCAUCCUACUAAAUCAGAUGAUUGUUUAUUGUGAUAGAUCUCAUGAACUGUAAAAUCAGAAAUAGUGCAAUAUGUAAUGGUAUACCUGCUUACAAACAAGGCAAAUUUUGAUGAUUUGAGGAAAAUUUCAUUAAUUCUUAACCUUGUGAUACUUAUUGUUAUACAUUUAAGUUUUGUUUUUACAGCAUUUCAUAUUAAAUCAUUUUCAACAUUUUAA